AUGUCAGAAUCGGGGCACAGCCAGCCUGGCAUGUAUGGACCAGGACGUAGGAGAAGGCGACGCCGUGGCGAUCGGGACAUUGGACCUCCUGGCCAGAACCUGUCCGGACCCAGUCGGGAUCGAGAAUACCAGCCGCGUGAACGAAGGGAUGGAAGCGAAGAACCACCAGGCCCUCUCAUUCAGAAAACUCCGAUCAUUCUGGCGAAGCCCCCUGGGGAGAGGGCCAAGCCAUCACAGAAUACGCCCAUCAGUGGAGCACCAGUUCUUGACAAGCCAAUAAUGCUCAUGAAAGCUCGGGACGAUGCAGUCAAGCCUGCGACUCCUCCAGAGGCAGCACAUCAGCCUUCUGGUCCUGGGCCUUCUAAAGUGGAGAGGGAAGGCCAACGGCCCACGCAGCCUGUCUAUCAGAUUCAGAACCGAGCAAUGAGUGCUUCCGCGACAAGCAGCGCUGUGGAUCCCUUGGUUGGUCAGUCCAAACUCAUCCCCCCAGAGAAGAUGAAACACAGCAUCAAGCUUGUAGAUGAGCAGAUGAACUGGUGUGACAGUGCCAUGGAGUACCUGCGAGACCAAACAGAUAUGCUGGUGGUGGGAGUCAUUGGACUGCAGGGAACUGGGAAAUCAACUGUCAUGUCUCUGUUAUCAGCCAACACUCCCGAAGAAGACCAAAGGGGUUACGUAUUCAGAGCCCAGACGCAAGAGAUUAAGGAACGAGGUGGAAAUCAGAGCUCAGGAAUUGACUUCUUCAUCACGCAGGAGAGGAUCAUCUUCUUGGACACCCAGCCAAUGCUGAGCCCGUCUAUUCUGGACCACUUUAUCAACAACGAUCGCAAACUGCCCCCAGAAUACAACCUGCCUUACACAUAUGUGGAAAUGCAGUCCCUUCAGAUUGCUGCCUUCCUGUUUACUGUGUGCCAUGUGGUCAUUGUGGUUCAAGACUGGUUCACUGACUUAAACCUCUACAGGUUUCUUCAAACGGCCGAGAUGCUGAAACCUUCCACUCCGUCUGCAAGCCACGAUAGCACAGGCUCUUCUGGCAGUGACGACGGUGCAGAGUACUAUCCGCAUAUUGUGUUCCUACAGAAUAAGAGCAGACGUGAAGACUUCUGCCCCAGGAAUCUGAAGGACAUGCAUAUGGUAGUGGACAAAUUAAUGGCCCACUCUCACCUUAAAUACAAAGGUUCACUGUCCAUGCUAGACUGCAAUAUCUUUCCUGGUCUGGGCCAGAACUAUAUGACCACUGAAGUCAACAUGUUCCUGCUCCCUAUGCAGGAAAAUGACAGCGAGGAGAAUCUGGCAAAAACAGGGUCUACUCUGACCUAUCCCCUUUUCUCCUUGCUCCCUGGAUACAAGGGACAUCCCUCCUUCUCCAUUAUGGUCUCAAAGCUGCGCAGCCAAAUACUUGCCAUGCCCCGUUGUCAGCUGUCGCACACCAUCCUGACUGAGAAGAACUGGUUUCACUAUGCCGCUCGAAUUUGGGAUGGUGUGAAAAAAUCCUCCGCCCUCUCCGAAUACAGCCGCUUGCUCGGCUAG